GUUUUCACAUGCUAUUUCCAUGAUUGAACAUCAGACCAACCUUUUAUGGCAGAAUAUAUUCUUAAAUUUGGACCACUAAAUGAAAUGGAAAAGAUUAGGCUACUUUGAAGUUGAUAAAUUCAAGAUUUUUAUCAAACUAUGUUUUAAAAGCAUACUCAAGUUAGGUAGGAGAUGGAUGAAAACACUAGCUCACCUACCAAUACUAUCUUGGUGUGAGUUAGCAAAUAUAGGAGAUACUGAUAUUUUUGGAGCAAGCCAGCACUAUCUCAAAUUGUAACCAUGAGAAAAGUACUUCUCCAAGAAAAAGAGAAACAGACUCACUAUGUAUGUGACAUAAAAGUAUUUUCUGAGUCAUUGCCACCUACUUUUGUCUUCAAUUGCAACUACUAUUUUAACAGUCUUCUGAAAUAAUUCCUCCAUGCCCUGUUAUCAAGUCCUUCCAUUUGCCUCACUUAGCCAUGGAACAGAUCAAGCACGUCCAUGUAGAAGUAAGAGGACUAAAACUACAUGUUGCAGAGAUUGGCACUGGUACUAAGGUGGUUUUGUUCCUACAUGGAUUCCCAGAAAUCUGGUACACAUGGAGGUACCAAAUGAUUGCUGUUGCAAAUUCUGGCUAUAGAGCUAUAGCAAUUGAUUUUAGAGGCUAUGGACUCUCUGAUCAGCCACCUAAGCCAGAGAAGGGGACCUUUUCGGAUCUUGUUGAUGAUAUUAUUGCCCUUCUUGACAUUCUUGGAAUCAGUAAGGUUUUUUUAAUUGCCAAAGAUUUUGGAGUUCUAGCAUUAAGCCUAGUAGCUGUCUUACAUCCCAAGAGGGUGUAUGGCUUUGCAACAUUGGGUAUUCCUUUCUUGUUGCCUGGCCCUAAUGCAAACCGAAGCAAUCUCAUGCCAAAAGGUUUCUACAUAACAAGGUGGCAGGAGCCAGGGAGAGCUGAAGCAGAUUUUAGCAGGCUGGAUGUGAAGACAGUGAUAAAGAACAUCUAUAUUCUCUUCUCGAAAGCUAAGGUACCAAUUGCUAGAGAUGACCAAGAAAUCAUGGACUUGGUUGAGCCUUCUACUCCUCUACCACCAUGGUUCUCUGAAGAAGAUCUUGCAGUGUAUGCAUCUUUAUAUGAGAAAUCAGGGUUUUGUUUUCCAUUACGUGUACCUUACAGGUGUGCAAAAAUAGAUUGUGGGAUAAAAGAUCCAGAAGUGACAUGUCCAGCACUGUUGAUCAUGGGUGAGAAGGACUAUGUGCUAAAGUUUGCAGGCAUGGAGGAUUACAUAAGCGGACAACUGAAACAUUUUGUGCCUGAUUUAGAGAUCAUCUACGUGGAAGAAGGGUGCCAUUUCAUUCAUGAACAACUUCCGGAGAAAGUGAAUGAGCUCCUUAUCAACUUCCUUAACAAACAUAUGCCAUCUCCGAUGUAAUAAAAAUUUGUGCAUACAUAAACACUGCUAUUACAGAUUUAUUCUAACUGGUAUUAGAUUAGUCCAAUUAUAUGGACUGAUACAAGUUUCGAAUAUAGUUUCAUUAGAUCUGUCUAAUGACAUGGACUAUUACAGGUUUCUAAGUAUGGUUGGACACCCAAACAGCUGGGUCACUAUCAAUGAAAUGAUUAAAUGGUUUUCUGUCCA